GUAAGACGGGAAGCUUUGCACCAUCUUGUUGAACAUUGAAUAAAUUAGGAGCUGAAAAACACUUGAAUAUUUAGCCAUUUGAAUCCAUACAUGCACGUAUUAUUAACCCAAGAACAAAAACCAAGACCUCUUCGACUCCAGAGGAUAGUUUGGUUUGGAUUUCUAGGCUUCUGGAGACUCAAAUGUGGCUAUUUUGUUAGUGACAUUUAGUGAAUGUCUGAAGACUUUUUUCAAAUUUGUUUUUCUUGAUCCUGUUUGGACCUGAAAAGGAACUUUCGCUUAACAUAAAUAAAGUGACAGGAAACUCCUUGAAAGUAAAGGGAAGCUAUAACAUGGCAACAUCAAUAGAGAAAGCUGAGGAUGUUGAGCUUAAAGCUGUGACAGGCCAAGAACAUGAAGAACCAAAAAAGAAAGGCCCAGGUCUCAAGUUGAAGACUCAAGAUUUUAGGAAAGAGACAAAACAAAGUGCUGCAGAUUAUAAAAGAGCACACUCUUAUCCUGAAGACAAGAGGUCAAUCAUAAAGAAAUCAAAGCAAAAAUCCCAUGGAAGUCAUCCUGAAAUCAUCCAAAGAUUACAAUCCCAGCAAGCUAUGACAGUGGCAGUCUUCCUAGUAGAAAAAGCUGCACGGCUCCUAAACUUAGAGGACGGCAAGAAUGCUACUGCUGGUACGAUGAAGCGGAUCAUGAUGGAGAACCUCAGUCUUCAACCUGACGCAGAAGCUGUCUUCUGUAUUUGGCUUAAAUCACCGUUACUACAACUGCAGCUCAAAGAUCAUCACAUUCCUUACAAACUGCGCAAAGUAUGGCCAGAACUUUUAAAGAAAUUUACAAAUGCCAAUGAUGAGGCUAUUGAAAUGGAUGAACCUAUUCUAUGCUAUCAGAGGAAUUCAUUUUAUCCCUUGUCAGAAGAAAAGAAGGUCAAAGAUGCCAAGGUGAUCAGAAGGUUGUUUGAAGAGGCUAAAUUCAAUGUGAUGUCAGGCACAUAUCCUGUCAGCAAGAAUGAAAGCAUGGAGUUGGGAGGCAUGCUGGCUGUUAUCGAGAAUGGGAAAUUCAAGGAACAAGACCAUAAACUUGGAUUCUUUAAGGACAAACUGACAGAAUAUUUGCCAGUUUCUGCUUGCAAAGUGGGGUGGACAUUACCUGGACGGCGGUCAGCCACACGUAACACUUUGGAGCAACAGUUACUUGAUAAAUACAAAGAGGUGUCCAACAGAUCGCUGGAGUUAAGGCAAYUGUACAGGAGUUACUUGGAGAAAUGUUGGACCUUUCCAUACUAUGGGAGUGUAUUCUUUGCUGGCCAGAUAGAAAAGCCACCAUCAAUUUUAUCUAGCAUCUUAGGAAAGUCUGAUCUUGCUGUAGGGGUUGCAGUCAACAGAGAAAAAAUCCACAUCAUAGAUGAGGCCAAAAAUGAGAUUUUACUGAGCCUUGGUUUUGAUGAACUAUCAUGGGACUAUACACCAGCAGAGGAAUGUAACAAGGACUGCCUAGACACGUUCUGGUUGGAGUUUGACUCCAAGGAAAACGACGGCACCACAACUGUUCAGAGGCUGCAGAUCUUUUCUAAGCAAGCAGUGAUGAUUGAUGCUUUGGUGCAGUCUUGCGUUGAGUGUGAAGAUGAGAUUCAGGAGGAAUGCUGCCAGAAUAUUGGAGGGGACAUACGAUGUCGCAUGGACCGUCUUAGUCUAUCCAAACUUGAAAGUUCCUUGGCAAGAAAGAAAAAAACAAAUGUAUCCUUCAAUAAUCCAUUCAGUCGCCCAAAGAGAUUGAUGUCAGACGAAACACCCAAGCAAGAAAAAACCUGAACAUAUUAAACUAGUGAUGACCAACUUUGUCCAAUGAAUAAUACUAGACAAUACUUCUGUCACUAUUCUUCUGUCCUGAGGGGUUUGACAUUUCUUUGGUGACUAGAGAUUUAGGGCUUGAAAUUAGUGGGAUGACAGUUGCAAAAAAUGCAGUGCCAAAAUUUACUCAUGUUAUUGUAACAAUGUCUGCCUAAUAGGCAUAUUUUUUCUAUUUGAGCCCGAUAGAUAGAUUGUGUGAAAGCAUGUUUUGAUAAUAAAACAUUGCUUUAGCAAAUGACAUUCAAAUUUGAAAAAUUAUGUCAUUGCAUUAAACUGUCCCUUUCUUACAAGUGGAAAUGGAAAUAAUAACUGAAUGUACAAGUUUUGAACAUUAAAUAUAGGCUGAGCCCAA